UAACGACUUUGUCAAUCACACCGCAUCUUACUAUGUAUAUAUGUAUGUUAGCAUCCGUGAUUAACGAACGAUGGAGAUGAGCUUACCCAACCACUGCUCUCUCCGAACCCCUUCAUCACCCCACCAUCGUCGUUCCCGCUCGCGGCGAGCGAGGCUCCGAACUCGGCGGAGUGCGCCGGCCCCAGCGGCGGCGGCGGCGGCGGCGGAGGAGGAGGAGGAGGAGGCGGUGGAGAUUAGGGUUUGCGUGAACCGGACGUGCGCGCGCCAGGGCUCGCGCGGGGUCCUCGCGGCGCUCGCGGGGCUGGCCCCGGCCGGGGUCGCCGUGGCCGCGUGCGGGUGCCUCGGCCGCUGCGGCGCCGGGCCCAACCUCGCCGUGCUCCCGCGCGGCGCCCUCGUCGGCCACUGCGGCACCCCCGCGCGCGCCGCCCAGCUCCUCGCCGACCUCUGCGGGCCCCGCUUCGACCCCCGGGCGAAUCUCGAGGCGCUCGCGCUGAGGAAGAAGGGGGAGGACGAGCUCGAGCGGGGGAGCCCCGCCGAGGCCGAAACCCUGCUCUCCCAGGCCAUUGAUCUAAAUCCUUCUGGAGGCCUGCAUUUUAUGUACAGGAGCAGAUCUGCUGCGAGAUUGGCAAUAGGGAACAUUGCUGGUGCUCUUGCAGAUGCCACUGAAGCAUCUAAAAUCGCUCCCGAUUAUCCGCAGGCUUAUCUAUCACAAGGCGACGCAUUCCUUGCUAUGGAGGAGUGGGAUGCUGCAGAGAAAGCAUAUUCAACUGCUUUGCAUCUCGAUCCUUUGCUUCGUCGUUCCAAAUCAUUCAAGGCUCGUGUUGCGAAGCUUCAAGAAAAACUCACCACCGUGAGUGCUUCGUCGUGAUUUCUAGCCAGAGCAUGCGAUUCAAACACGGAAAUCCGGGCAAGGCCAUUAAGCUCUGAGGAGCAUCGUAGGAGCAUGUUUCUCAUGUUACCUGCGGGUAUCUUUCUCUUGUGAAAUAUGAUCAUUACCAAGUUAGAUUUUCUCAUCCCAUGAUUCA